AUGAACGAAAGCGACCGUGAGUUAUCAGCGAUGGUGCAGGAGCUGUGGGACAAUGAUGUAAAUCGGCUGAAACCAGGGAAGGACUACCGGAUCUCUCUGCAGGGAAAAGCUGGGGACACGAUGUUAGCCUAUGAUGGCAGCGAUGGAGCUGCUUCUCCUCUGUUCAUAUUUGUGGAUGAAAACAUUUUCAAAAAGGAAACCUUCUUGGCUUUCAUAUCUCUCCUCGAUAACUAUGAGAGUGACACUGGCGAGCCUGAAGUCGUGACCCCAGAGGAAGAGGCAGAAAACCACAAAUUCCUGGACGCCAUUGUAGAAACACAAACCAUGAAGAUUGUCCACAGGUAUCUUGUGCAGAAACAACUGUCCCCCCAAAACACUAAGGAUUUCAAGCAGCAACUCUACCGCAUCUGGUUUGAGCUGUAUGCCAGAAAAGGGUCUAGCAGACCAGAUUCCUCAGGGUUCGAGCAUGUGUUUGUUGGAGAAACACGAGGUGGAAGGACAGUCAUCGGCUUCCACAACUGGAUCCAGCUGUAUCUGCAAGAGAAGCUGGGACACAUUGACUACAAGGGCUACAGUGUGAAUGCCAACUCUCCUCAACCUGAUGAAGAGAAACAUAUCCUGGCUCUACAGUUCAGCUGGAAGAAUGGGAUUAAGCCCAAAGGGAGCAUCUUCAUCGGAGUCAGUCCCGAAUUUGAGUUUGCCCUCUACACCUUGUGUUUUCUGACCUCACCCAAUGAGCGUGUUAAAGUGUCCUUCAGCGUCUAUGAAUUGGAGAUUGUAUGCCAUCACUACAACCAGAAGCACAUAGGCACCACCUACCCUGUUCUUGUGAAAUACCUGACCAACUGACUGGACAUGGCCUUCACAACCCAC